UCAGGAUGAUCUACACCAUUUAUACAUUCCCUCCUUACAGUUAUUGUUGCUGCCAAUGCGUUUAGCUUGCUGGGGCUGACCGACUCGAUGAGCUUGUUCAACUACGGCCAGUGGUGCGGCAAGAGGAACACAGGACUCUUCCCAAAGAAUCGCACCCGCGUCGCCGUCUGCAAAUGCUCCGAUGGGGUGGAGACGUGCAGGAAAAAUGGGCCUCCCAUCGAUGGCCUGGAUGCCGCGCGUCUGCAGCAUGAUCUCUGCACUUACUGCACGAAAACGUCGAGAAAGUUCCACUGGUGCGAGUGCGAACGCGAACUGGUCAAGAAUGCCGUGAAAGCGAAAUGCUCGACUGCCGACUGCAUAAACUUCAGGAGCCGUGUGAUCAGUCUGUUCACUGUCAUCCCCUGUUACUGCAAACCCCUCGGGAUGUCGUGCAAGAAGUAUUGGCUGUUUGGUGACGCGGACUACUGCUUGAAGCAGAACUUUCAGGACUGUUAAUAACAAACCUCUAGGACUAGACGAUGUUCAAUGAAGUGUUUGUUGAUCGAGGGCAUAGCACUUUGCCAGCUGGUGUCUGUCGGUUACGUCACAUGUACACCAUGGUUUCGCAGUUACGUGAACCGGAAAUCACCACCUGGAAUUUGGCUAUCAAUCCAUAGGC